AUGUACCCUGUUACUGCUUUUAAGAAAACAGUUGACAAAAAUCCAAUGAAAUUAGUUUCAGAAAAGUAUAUGAUUCAAUUAGUAGAAAAACUCCCAUCAAGUUCUAAGAAGAAGAGUGAGAAGUCCAAUGAACAAAAGACUGAAAAGAAACAAGAGACUUUAGGAGAUACAACAAACAUCAAAAAAGAAAGAGAAGGCCAAACUUACUCAUUUGAAACACACACAGACGAACAGAAAAACUCGACGACGACAUCACAGAACUACCCGUUCGCUUUUUUGAUGCCAUGUAAUGAGAUGUUUGACCAAAACAAUAAUUUCAAAGGGGUCGCACAACACGAAGAAAAUGAAGGAACUUUUGCAGUGGAACAUAUCGAGAGGAAUAAUGGAGGAGAAAUGAACCAAAACAUCGAUUUUGUCGAACAAACAGGACUGCAAGUAUCACCCCAAUUUCCACUCGAAGGUGACGAGCAAAUGAACGACUUUAUUAAAAUCGAGCAAAUCAGCGAGCAAUUAAAGCGCCUUCAUGUGUAUGGUGAGAUCUUUGCAGAGAAUGGGUAUUUGGUGCGUUCCGAUGCGAGAACAAAGACAGACAUCACACGAAUUGAAGACGCUUUGUCGUCGGUGACUGGUCUUAUUGGGCGGAAAUACGCAUACAAGACAGACCCAACGAAGGUGAAGUGUGGGUUUGUAGCACAGGAGAUGCAAGAGGUGUUACCGGACUUAGUCCAGAAAGAUGCGGAUGGCAAUUUGAGUGUCGAUUACCUUGGGGUAGUGCCUUAUAUCGUCGAAGCGCUGAAGACCAUUCAUCAAAACACAUUAGAACUCCAGUCGAAUGCUAAGACGGAGUACAACGACUUGUCAAAAAUAGUCGAAGAUGCCGUUAAAAAGUUACAAGACGUGUUAGAAGAGAAUGGGAAAGAAACAUAUGUGGAGAAAAGUACAACACAAGUCGUGUUUUCAUUUGAAGUCUUUGGACCAGCUAUUUGGAUAUUGACUACAGCUAUCUUAUUUAGCAUUUUUACUAUUAUAGUCCCAUUCUUAUUACCGGAAUUAAUCAUAUUGUUUUGUGUGAUGAUGACAAUGACUAUAGUACUUUGGGUUGCUGUUAUUGUGAAAAGAAAGGACUUGAAUGGGAUGUUCAAUAAAGGGAGAGUCAAAUUGAAGUGGCGACCCGUUCAUUUCAUUACAUGGACUGUUAUACUCAGUAUCAUUCACAUCUCAUUUAUAGUUCAGUGUAUAUUAGGGUAUGGAGGUGUGAUUAUGUCAUGUGUAUACACCAUCGUUUUUUUAUUAGUAAGUGGAGUCAUAUUUUUACUCUCUAAAUUCACAAAAAGAUGGAAUUUCUUGUGGACAUUAGUGUUCUAUUCUGGGUUUUUAGUUAUUACUAUUAUCACAACUAUUGUUUUAGUUUUUGUACAACCAUUCAUCUUUAUGAACGUUAAAGAUAUGGCAAGGCCAUAUGAAGUAAGAGUUCUGCAAAACACCCCAAUUACCCCAAUCAUAUUUUCAUCUCCACCAUGGAAUUGUUUCACGCCGAUUUUGUAUAGCGACAACAAAAUACCAGACAACCUCUCCAUUGUAAUGCCUAAGACUAAAUAUGACCCGACUGAAAUCACUCCGACGGUGCGAGGGAUAGUGUCGACGGAGAUGGAUACCACGACGACUUCAUUUCUGUUGAAGUGUUCUGGUAUUAUCACUGUUUCUUAUGGGGAAUUCACAUUCAAAAUGUGUGAGACAAAAACCACUGAAAGUAGUUGUCUUAACAAUAAGUGUGGGUGGUGUCGCGCAACACAGACUUGUGGGUAUUGUAGUAAUGGGGGUGAGUUUUGCACUUACGAGGGUGCUACUGGAUGUACCAAAUGA